CAUUGUGUCUUAGCCUUCCUUGAGAAUGGUGGGAAUCAUUCACUAAAGGGCCAUUCAAACAAAUAUGAUGUCCCUUAACCUUUUCCUAAUUCAAUAAGGAUUGAACAACUACAAGCUGCUAGAUGAUUUGCCGCAAACAACAAUACAUCGUAGUAAGUCAAGACAUGUUUCCACAGCAAGGAAACUAGCAGGAUGAAAUCACACAUUCUCUCUGAAGUUAUUCCUUAUCUUCUCACAAAAUUUACUUUGCGUCUGCACUUUAAGUCUUUGUUCUUCUCAGAAUUGUUGAAGACAGACUAGUGCUAGGAAUAUAAAUGAACUUUAAUAAAUACUAUGGGAUUGUUAAAAUUGGUGAUUCUGCUUCUAGAGAAUCUUGGCAAUAUCCUUUUCUCUCUCAACACACACAAUGUGUAGAACAGAAGUUGUGGAUAGCAAUGAGUAUGAGUGGUAGAUUGAUGCAAACAGAGACAAUGUCUAUUAAUGGGAUUGGUAUCCACUACUGAGUUACUGCUCAUGGACUAGGAGAAACUAUGAAAGCAUUGACGAGGUGGAUGUCAAGCGUACCCCUGGAUACAUGAAGAGCAUCUGUAAUUGACUAGCUGUUCUAAUCUAUUGAUUUGUGGUUGUUUGGAAUCUCUGCAAUUGAAAUUCUAAGAGGAAUUAAAGAGGGUUCCUCUGUAUCUUAAUUCCCCUGCUUAACAAUAGCCAACCAUACUAUCUCCUCUUCCUUUUCUCAGUGAUUUUGAGGUGUCUCCAAAAGAAUGGUGGAAUUGUUGGAGUUGGAGCGGGAUUAACCCAAGACAAAGGGUUUCCUUCUACCCUUUUGUACUAAAUAUUCUGACACAAUUGGCCACAAAUAGUGUCAGACAUUAUCUCCAAUUUUCCACUUAGAAAUUGAUUUGACAAGCUUUUUCUUUCUUCUUGCUUUUCCUGUCUUUUCUCAUUUUCUUCCUUGUUUGAUGCAGACAUUUGCUCUUCUUUUUCCUUUUUCAGAUGAAGGCUGCAAAUUGUGACAUAUUUCUUGAGUGAUGAAAUAGACUGAGGAAAUUGCAUGUACACUUCAAAGGAGCCAGAGAGCCGUAGGGAUUGGAUAGAAAGCAUGUCAAUUUUGCUUAUAUUAUUCUCUACGUUGGCCUUAUGAGGUAGCUUGUUUGGUCUUCAAAGCUUACCAAAUCACCAACAAUGAGAUUGUUGAUGCAUGUGCCUCUGCAUCUAGAAAUUCUUGGUAAUUCUUGUCUUUUUCUAAUUCCAUGGACCCAUAUUGAUGUUCCUUUAUUGGAAUGAUGAAACUUUGGUUUCUUUUUCUAAUAGAAAUUAUCAGAUUGU